GGUGUGAGGGCGGGGGCGACGGGCGCAGAGGAAGGCGGGCCUAAGAGCUGCCGAGGCCGGGAGCCGGGGAGCCCAGGAGAGCAAAAUGGGUGAGUUGCCCUUAGAUAUCAAUAUCCAGGAACCUCGCUGGGACCAAAGCACUUUCCUGGGUAGAGCCCGGCACUUCUUCACUGUGACCGACCCCCGAAAUCUGCUGCUGUCUGGGGCACAGCUGGAAGCUUCCCGGAACAUCGUGCAGAACUACAGGGCCGGCGUGGUGACUCCAGGGCUCACCGAGGACCAGCUGUGGCGGGCCAAGUAUGUGUACGACUCUGCCUUCCAUCCGGACACAGGGGAGAAGGUGGUCCUGAUUGGCCGCAUGUCAGCCCAGGUGCCCAUGAACAUGACCAUCACCGGCUGCAUGCUCACCUUCUACAGGAAGACCCCAACCGUGGUGUUCUGGCAGUGGGUGAAUCAAUCCUUCAAUGCCAUUGUUAACUACUCCAACCGCAGUGGAGACGCUCCCAUCACCGUGGGGCAGCUGGGAACAGCCUAUGUGAGUGCCACCACUGGGGCUGUGGCCACGGCCCUGGGACUCAAAUCCCUCACCAAGCACCUACCCCCGCUGGUCGGCAGAUUUGUGCCCUUUGCAGCUGUGGCAGCUGCCAACUGCAUCAACAUCCCCCUGAUGAGGCAGAGGGAGCUGCAAGUAGGCAUCCCCGUGACCAAUGAAGAAGGUCAGAGGCUUGGCCACUCAGUGGCUGCAGCCAAACAAGGAAUUUUCCAGGUGGUGAUAUCAAGAAUCUGCAUGGCGAUUCCUGCCAUGGCCAUUCCCCCCGUGAUCAUGGACAGUCUGGAGAAGAAAGACUUCCUGAAGCGCCGCCCCUGGCUAGGGGCACCCCUGCAGGUGGGGCUGGUGGGCUUCUGCCUGGUGUUUGCCACUCCCCUGUGCUGUGCCCUGUUCCCCCAGAGAAGCUCCAUACACGUGAGCAGGCUGGAGCCGGAGCUGAGAGCUCAGAUCCACGAGCAAAACCCCAGCGUCAAAGUGGUUUACUACAACAAGGGGCUUUGAGGGAGGGUCAGCCCCCACCCACGCCCCCACCUCCUUGGGCUGCUGCUGUAGCAGAACCUUUCCAUCGCUGCCACCUUCCCAUCUGCCUGGUCCUGGGCAGGGGGCUUGGUGGAAGAGCAGCUGUUGGGACCAGCAAUCCAUUAGGCUGGGAGAGGUGCCCUCAUAAGCCUUUUUCUCUCCUCUGAUUUCAAAAAGCAGGGUCGCAUAAUCCCUUUCUCCUGUGCUAACGUGUCUACACAUGUACAUACGCGGUCCGUGUGUGUGUACAUGCUCUCCGGGAUGUCCUCAUAUCUGGCUUCCCUUUUUAACCUCCUGCUACCUGCCAACCAGCCACGCUACAGGACUUUCUUGCCUAACCUGUUCCACCAGCCAGGUCAUUUCUGAUGGGACCUUGACCCUUCUGUACAGAGGAGGAGCCCCAAAAAUCUCAGGACAGAGACUGAGGGACAUUAGCGGGCCAAACUGGGCUGAAUCCUUCAGACUUCUGCUUCCUGGCUCUCAAAGCUGACUCAGGAACUGGGCCGGCGGCGGAGGAAAACAUGUCGGGAUAAGGGAGGCAGGAGGCUCAUCGAUCCCCCAUAUCCUGGAAUGGGUCAGCGCCUCUCCUCUCCUCUGCUAGAACAAAGGAGUGUCCCUAUCCUAUACUGCUCUUGCCAUCUUCCCAUCUUCCCCAUGACGCCCUAUGGGCAUCUUUGGGCACAAUCCUAGGAGUUCUUGGUCUGCUCUGACAUCAUAACCUCAAAUCUAAACCUACAAUCCCAACCCCCUCCCUCAACCAAAAAGCCAUGAAAGCAGAACAAGAAUUCCCCUUUAAGAGCCCCCCCACUGCACCCUCUUACAAAGGGACACAGCUGUGGAAAUGGUGCUUAAACUCCACAGGUAUCUGAAUGAGUGUAAGUAGGACACCCUCAAGGGCCACUAGGCCCUGAGUGAACAGUCUUAAGACAGGGAAUUUUGUGUUCCAUUGACCUUGUUAGACAUUCAGCAGAAUCCUGACUUUAGCUCCUUCUCUUUCCUGAGGCUUGGCCCUACUAACAUUCCCACCUCUAAGAGGACGAAGGGCCCAGGCAGCAGUGGUUGGUCCACACGGGAGGUGGGCUGGGGGAUGGAGUCUGUGCUGGUGAACUCACAGAGUGCUGAGAUGGGCCUUGACUCCAACUCCCAUGACCUCUGGCUGAACUGGGGUGAAGGCCCCACAGGGAUCCUCUAAGAGUACUUUCCUGCUCCCCCAGCCGACCACAAGUAAUAAAAGCAAUGGUGCCACUGUUAUUCAACAAA